CUGUUAGCACAGCCAAAUUGAAAAGUCACAUGACUUGGCGCACCGCUCGUGACAAGCAGGUUGCCCCGCCAGCGGCCCUUUCCCUUAACGACACGACCGCCAAGGCCCAGCAUCCAGGCACUCAUCACCUUCUUCUUACUUUGCAAGCUCCACCUGCAAAAUUCCCAAUUCCUGAGGAGACAAUCCAUUCUCAGCCUCUCAUCGUCCUUCCUAGUUCCGACCAGCGACUACUUUAGAUAUCGUACUCAAGAAAACCACCUCCUGACGUCAUCCUCAAAAUGCCCGUCACCCGCAAGUCAAGCCGGUCCUCAACCGGCGCAGGCAGCGGCAAGCAACAAACCCUCAGUUUCAAGCACAAAGUAACCAAAAGCAUCCAAUCGGGCGGGAAAAAGGAUGCCUUCAAAUCCCCAUCCCGAUCGAAGGAAUACAUCCCCGAGCCGUCACCAGAGGCGUCACCCGCUAGCCCCAGCCCCACCACCCCAGCAACAAUCGACGGCAAGGCUGAAGAGGGUACGGGGAAGGAGGUACAAAUCCCCGGCAACCGCCGACUAGAACGGAUCGAAGACCAGGCGCAGCCGGCACUCGUUGCUGAGCCAAAAUCCGAGGCAGAGCUUAGAGCUCAACAGAUCACCGAUAACGCCAUCGAGCGGUACUGGUCUGGCAUCGAGUCGUCGCGCAUGGCCAGGGCCGUCCACAGGAAGCACACCGAGGGUUUGAGUACGGGUGAGAAGGUGCUGAGGUACUUUGAUGUGAGCUCGCAGUAUGGGCCCUGCAUUGGCAUCCCGCGGGUCAAGAGAUGGCAGCGCGCGCAGAGGUUGGGGUUGAACCCGCCAAUUGAGGUGCUGGCGGUCUUGUUGAAGGAGGAGGGGAAGGGGAAUAAGGCGAUUGAGCGGGCGCAUAUGGAUGAGCUUUUGAACUCUACUGCUGUUGGUUCGAUUGGGGUUUGAGUAUACUGGGCUUGGGAGAGAUUCGCUUGGCAUGAUGGAUGGCACCGUUUUGUAUGAUGAUGAUGGCUUGCUUGGUUGGCUUUAGUGAGGGAAGGCGUUCGGAUCUGCGGGAGCGGGAAAUCAUUCACCAAUACUGCUGCUUCUUAGCAUAUCGGGUAUUGUCUAGCUGAUUAUCUUGCGGGUAAGGGAAUCUACAGGUUGCGAAACCCGGCCGGAAUAAACAAAAAAGGAGGAACCGAGACCCGGUUCAGUACCAUAUACUCCUCGUUCUAUGGUGCGGUACUGACUCCUGUCCUGCAGCCUCCAUCUCCUUUAUUGUGUCAUACAAGAAGAAAUCAAUGAGAAUGGCGUUGACACGAGCCUCCGGGUGGUUUCUCAUUAUCUCCCUCCGUAUUAGUUCUACGCACCAUAUACUGCAGG